AAGUGGGUUUGGCUCAGAAGCCGCUUUCCCCAGGGCUCCUCCCAUCUUCGCUUUGGCUCCUCCCCUUCCCCGCGUUUCUUCCACUCAUUUCAGGUUCUGUCCCCGGCGUUGGAAGCGAAGCUCUCUCACUCUCCCUCCCACCUUUUCCCUCUUGGCCUCGGCGAAAACGACCAGAGGGCUGUGCAGUCAGCCUGUAGUCCGCGCGGCUUGUUGGGAGUGGGCGACCCUAGCCAGCUUCGGAGGACAACACAAAACUCAGUGCCAACUACCACCGUUCAGUACCUCCACCUUUCGCUCCGUGCCUUUCUCCUCAAGGGUGAAAGGAAACAAGACAGCGGCACCGGUUCUCUAUAGCAACUGGGGCUGCAGGCAGAGAGAGCUCUACAACCCAGCGGGGGAGUAAGGUUGGGAGCUGCCAGACCCAAGGGACCGCGGCAGCUUGGGCGGGGCAGUCGGCUCCAUAAGCCGAGACCAGAAGCUCAGCCGGUGGCUGUGGAUCACCAGGGACAGACAUCUCGUAAGUUGCCUGCAAGCUUACCACCCUUUUUUUUCUGUAGGUCCAUAGGGAUCCGGAGCUGCCAGGUCGGAUUCCGGCUUGCCCUGGGUGUGGGGGUGCGUAGGACUGGGAUUCUCUUCGCAUGCAAGGGUUGCAAGGCUUUGGUCUUAGGGAGGAGAGCUGAAGAAAUUACCUUGUCAAAGGGAUCAGUCUCCAGUGGUCCUUAAAGAACACAAGGGGGCAUAAAGCAGCUCUAGGGGGAGAAGGUUUGAAGGCAUUAAGCCAAAGCUGUAUGAUUUGUACCCACCGGUUUUCAGGGUGCGGUUUCCUGGGUACAAUGCAUCAUCGUGGGCUAGGGACAGAAUCAUUCUUGGAUGCCUAUUGUGUUUUCUGGUUUGGUAACAGCCCCACACUUGGCUAUGAGGUUCUUUCUGGGCCAAGGGCAAAGGAUAGAAUUCUGCAGGCUCACACUGCCCUGUGAUGUAGGGUUGGCAUUGCCCUUACUGUUUCCUCCUUACGAGGUUAGGAUUUGAGAGAGAGAGGAAAUAUAGCCUGGUACUCUAACCUGCUGGCCAGAGCCUCUGAAUUGUGCUUUUAAAACUGGUUUCUGAACAGCUGAAGCAAUUUGAAAGAACCCCCCCCCCAAAAAAAAAAAAAACUUCUAAGUGGCUUGUCUUAAAGGACCUUCAUUCAGAUGGAGAGGAGAGUUUAUCUAAUUAGAGCCAUUUACUGAGUAGGGAUUAUUAUACCGGCUCUCUUCUCUUCCAUCCACUCCCCCUUCCUGCUUUGAGAGGCAUGUGUUUCAUCAUAAAAAUAGAAAGGAGAAUAUUUUUUUGGCAGGACGUCCCUCUUACUGCUCAGUGCGGAAGGGGUCAGUUUAAAAAUAAAUACAUACUUGAAUGUUACAUUACCUAACCAGACUACGGCUGUGACUUUAGGCUACAGUGUAAAGAAACAUCAAAGCCAAGUAUACAGCUGUGUUGAAAGGAGCAAACCCCACAUACUCCGAGGCUCUGCUGACACCAAGUCAUUUGACUUUAGGACAAAGCAAAACAAGAAACAGUAAGCCAACGAAUUAAAAAUGCUUGCUCCAGCGGCUCUUUAGGAUCAUGAAACUGCCAGUUCCUGAUAUGUUGAGGUGAACAGGAGGCUUUAUGUGCUCCCUAGGGAGGAAGAUGCUAGGAGGAAGGAGCUAGGUGAAUGUUAACUAAACAAGGGCUCAAAGCUUGGAGACCUCUUGAAUCAGUGAAGAAUUUUCUUCUGGGUGCUAUAUAUCAACAAGCAAACAGUGAGAAAUCUCCUCCCUUUUAAUAAGAGGAAGUCCUAACAUCACAGGAAGACAAAGGCAUCUGCAGAAGGUUUUCUUAUCUCCCAGAGACGCUUUGACCACCCUGUGACUGAUUGACUUGGCAGUUGGACUCACCUGUCUAGAACCUCAGGAAAUCUUCUUCAUGGACUGCUCUUAUGUCUGAGGCCUUAAUUGUUAAUUAAGCCAUUGAAGAAAAUAAUGUGAUAGUGUUCAUAUUGAAGCUCCUUUUGGAAAAGUACUCAUUCACCCACGAAGAAAGUGGCUUUUUUUCUUCCCUUGCAAAACAGACAGUUUCCAGUCCAAAGAUGCCAGCCAAGACCCCAAUUUAUCUGAAAGCUGCCAAUAACAAGAAAGGCAAGAAAUUUAAACUGAGGGACAUUUUGUCUCCAGAUAUGAUCAGUCCUCCACUAGGAGACUUUCGCCACACGAUUCACAUUGGAAAAGAGGGCCAGCAUGAUGUGUUUGGGGAUAUUUCAUUUCUUCAAGGGAAUUAUGAGCUAUUACCUGGGAACCAGGAGAAAAUGAGAGUUGGUCAGCUCCCUGGGCAUAGUGAGUUCCUAAGGGCAAACAGCACCUCUGACUCCAUGUUUUCAGAGACACCUUCUCCAGUGCUCAAAAAUGCUAUCUCGCUUCCUGCUAUUGGUGGUUCCCAAGCUCUCAUGUUGCCCUUCCCUGUGACAUUUAAUACCAAACAGGAUUCCUUUGGUCCCUCAAAGCUCCCAAGACUUAGUUGUGAGCCGGUCAUUGAAGAAAAACCUCAGGAGAAAAGCAAUCACUUGGAAAAUGGGACUAUGGACCCUGAGGAUGCCCCAUGGAAAGGCAAUGGUACAGCAUCCCAUUAUAGUAAUGGCAGAGAUAGCCAUUCAUCCAGUCUCUCUGAACAGUACAGUGACUGGCAAUCAGAAGAUAUGUUUGACAGUUCUGUUCCAUGUGAACUGAUCAAGGAGAAGACAAACUCAGAGGAAUCCCUCUCUGAGCUCACAGGCUCUCUGCUCUCCUUGCAGCUGGACCUUGGGCCCUCCCUUCUAGAUGAGGUUCUUAAUGUAAUGGAUAAAAAUAAAUUAUAGAACCACAGGCAUGGUCAAUGGUACUGGCAAAAAUCUGGCAAAAGCAAUCCCAGUGGAAGAAAACCUACAAAGAGCUUAACUAGUGGCAUUUGCAGUUAUGCAACGGGUUUUUUAAAUACGUGUUCCUACAAAAUAUUUUUUUACCUGCUAGGUUGUUUACUGUUGGAUAUGCUCAGAGCUCUCCUUGCAAAACAGAGGAAAUGAGUCAGAACUAGUUUUCUGCCGGCAUUCUCAAUGGGCAGAUCAAAAUUUUGCUGGUAAUUGCGCAAGGAAUCUGGCUGGAGAUGGCGCCUUAGUAAGACUGCCUGGCUCAAUCAUUAUAAGGAACUUUGCAGUACUCUGACAUUUUCAGCAUGUUAUCAGAGAAGCAGCAUAGAGAUGGAGGAGGAAAGCAUUAAUUCUCUCCCUCUAAUUUAACAUCUAAACCUUUUUUCUCAAUAUAGACAGUUUUCUAAGAAUUAUUUGGGCUGCACUACACUGUAGCUAGAUCUUCAGUGUUAAACUAUUUGUAUGAUUUCAUAUUUGGACAACUUUAUAGGGUUGGGAUUUUUUUCCAGUUUAUAUAUCCCUAUAUAUUCUAUAUCUCAGAUUUUUGGACCAGCAGAUACACGUUGGGAAGAUGACUCAAGCAAAGUAUUACUGUAACUAAAUUAUUUUUAAAGUUAAAAUAUAUUUUUAUGUGCCUUUGGCUUUUUAUUGCAGAGUCUACAUUUUAUAGAAAUUGCAUCUAAAAGUCAUCGCUUGCCUCAUUUCUGUUUGGGGGGAUCCAUUGUAAACCGUGUAUGUGUGUGUGUGUGAGUGUUUUGAGAAGAUGUAUUAAUACUUAGCAUUACUUUUGUUUCUUCAUCUAUUAUCACAUAAGCGCAUAUCACUGCAAGCAACAGGAUUGUAAAGUUUUUUUGUUUUAAAAAGGCACUGGUUAUAUUCACUGAGCUUCUUUGGAGACUGAGCUGCCCCACUUAAUGUUUGGGGAAAUGUGGCUCUCAAUACAAUACUUGCAUUAAUUACAUAGGUACUUCAUGCAACACAAUAAAAAAGUAAAAUGCUUAAAAA